AAACAAUUUUGAAAUUAUCAUCAUAGAUGAUGGAAGCCCAGAUGGGACACAGGAAGUUGCUGAACAAUUGGAAAAGAUAUAUGGAUCAGAUAAAAUACUUCUAAGACCCAGAGCAAGAAAGUUGGGCCUUGGCACUGCUUAUAUUCACGGAAUGAAGCACGCCACUGGGAAUUUUAUUGUUAUUAUGGAUGCUGACCUCUCUCACCAUCCAAAAUUCAUUCCAGAGUUUAUCAGAAAGCAGAAAGAAGGCAAUUUCGAUAUUGUAUCUGGAACAAGAUAUAAAGGAAAUGGAGGAGUAUAUGGCUGGGAUUUGAAAAGAAAAUUAAUCAGUCGUGGUGCCAAUUUUCUAACUCAGGUUUUGCUGAGACCAGGUGCAUCUGACUUAACAGGGAGUUUCAGGUUAUACAGAAAAGAAGUCUUACAGAAACUAAUGGAAAAAUGUGUUUCUAAAGGAUACGUCUUCCAGAUGGAGAUGAUUGUUCGGGCUAGACAGUUAGGAUAUACUAUUGGAGAGGUUCCUAUUUCAUUUGUGGACCGUGUCUAUGGAGAAUCUAAACUGGGAGGCAAUGAAAUAGUCUCCUUCUUAAAGGGACUCUUGACCUUGUUUGCUACAACAUGAUAGUUUAUCCCACAUUAACUUUCUUAGAAAAACAUUUUCUGACAUCUGUGUGGUUUUUCUUAUAUAAUAGCAGAAGCUUGAUAAUUUGUGUGGUGACCAGAAGACCUGCUAUAAAGUAAUAAUUAAAUGAGCCAUCAGUACUAAACUAAAUAUAUUGUAUCCCAAAAUGCUCCUUUCAAAAUAAAUGAACUGUAUGCUAAACUGAAAACUAAUAAAGACUAAUGUUCUAUGCUGUUUUUGUAAAAAUAAUGAAGUCUUAAUAAAGAACACAAAGCUAAAUGGUAUUUUGCAUUUAGAAAUGAAUCAUUAUUCAGCAGAA